AUUCCUGCGUCUUGGGCCAAAGUAUUGGAUUUCGGCGAUUCCGUUUUGGCGCUCUGGUUCGGGACAUCUGGAUGCUUCAUUUUGGCGUGCUCGAGGCUCACGCUGUUACAUGGAAUCCAACCAAAGCGAAGUCACCGAUUGGGGCCGCAAGGCAUGGACUCUGCUCGACUUAGUCCGACGCCGAUCGCCGCUUAUUCAAUGCAUCACCAACUUCGUCUCCAUGGAUCUUAUGGCCAAUACCCUCUUAUCCGCCGGCGCCUCUCCUGCUAUGCUUCACUCUAUUGAAGAGAUUCCUGACUUCACUCCACGCGCUCACGCUCUCUCCAUCAACAUUGGCACUCUCCCUUCUUGGUUUCCUGCCAUGAAAGCCGCCGCCGCUUUGGCUUCUGAGUUGGGUAAGCCCUGGGUACUUGAUCCGGUUGCUGUUAGUGCCUCUGCUUUCCGCAGGAAAGCUUGUCUCGAGCUUGUGGCGAUGAAGCCUACUGUUAUUAGAGGGAACGCCUCUGAGAUUAUUGCUCUCUUCAAGGCUGCUUCUUCUCCUUCUUCCACUGAACCGGCCGCUAAGGGUGUGGACAGCAUCCAUGAGUCAGUGGAUGCGAUUGAAGCGGCAAUAUUGGCCGAAUCAAGCAGUGUCAUAGUUGCAGUAUCUGGAGCCAUUGACAUAGUGACUGAUGGAAAGCAAGUUGUUGGUGCUCACAAUGGGGUGGCAAUGUUGCAGAAGAUAACAGCUACUGGAUGUUCAGUCUCUUCCCUCAUUGCUGCCUUUGUAGCUGUUGAUCAACUCCAUGCUUUGGAUGCUGCAGCAGCAGCAUUAUCCAUAUUUGGUGUUGCUGGUGAACUGGGAAUGAAGAUGGCUAGAGGUCCAGCUUCACUGCGAAUGCACUUGAUAGAUUCUCUGUACGGGCUUGAUGAAGCAGCUGUGAUAUCUCAUGUUAAAAUCACAAAUUUCUCUUAAAUCUGUUUUAUUCAUUUUCAAAAACAAGAAAGAAAGAAAGAAAAAUCUGUAUGUAAUUAUUAUUGGAUUUGGGUUAGUCAUAGAUCUGGACUAUAGUCCCCGUAUGGUGAUCAACUGAACAUGAACAAGGAUCAGUGGAUGGCAUUUCAAACCUGAAUAUUAUGUGAAUGAUAUUAAUAAUUACUGGUAACUCCUAUUUGAACAAGUUUGUGGGAGUUCCGUUUCUGUCA